AUGUCAACUUAUACUAAAGGUGGAGCUUGGACCAAUAUAGAAGAUGAAAUUCUUAAAGCAGCUGUUCAAAAAUAUGGUUCCAAUCAAUGGGCUAGAGUAUCAUCUUUAUUACCUAAAAAAACAGCUCAACAAGCUAAAUCAAGAUGGGUAGAAUGGUUAAAUCCUUUAAUUAAUAAAUCUGAUUGGACACCCGAACAAGAUAAAAGAUUAAUUGAAGUUCAUAAAGUCUUACCAAAUCAAUGGAGAUCAAUAUCUACAAUUAUAGGAAGAACUGCAACUCAAUGUGUAGAAAGAUAUCAACAUUUAAUUGAUAAGACAUAUGGAAUUGAAAAUAAUGAAUUUAAAUUAUCUGGACCUGGAAUUGAAACAUUACCAGCAACUGGUCAACCAAGUAUACAAAUUUUUGAUGAGGAGUCGAAUGAUCCAAAUUUUGCAUCUGAAACAAAACCACCUGAAUCUGAUAAUGAAGAUAUGGAAGAUGAAGAUAGAGAAAUGAUAGCUGAAGCAAAAGCAAGAUUAGCUAAUACUCAAGGUAAAAAAGCAAAAAGAAAAGCAAGAGAAAGAAUGUUGGAAGAAAGUAAAAGAUUAGCUUUAUUACAGAAGAGAAGAGAUUUAAAAGCAGCUGGUAUAAAUAGUUCAAUUUCUAUAAAAAAUAAAAGGAAAAAAAAUGAAUUUGAUUAUGUUGCUGAUAUACCUCAUGAAAUAAUACCACAAGAAGGUCCAUAUAAUAUUAAUGAAGAAAUUAAAGAAAAUGAAAAAGAAUUAAAUCAAUUUCAAUUUAAAGUUUCCAAACUGGGGAUAAGUAAUAAAGAAGUUGAUGAUAAAAUAAGGAAAAAUAGAGAGAAACUGAAAAGAGAAAGGGAAAGGAAAAGAAAGAAAGAUGAACUGGAAGAAGUUGAACAUGACAAAGAUAGAAGAAUAGAAUUCAAAAAGAGGAAGACAGAUAAUGAUACAACCACAACACCACUAGAUCAAGAUAAAUUGGAGAAGUCACCUAUUCAAAGAAAACCAAACAAAUCGUUGAUACCCCUAAUAAAAUCAAUUUUUGAGAAAUUACCAGAACCAAUUCAUCAUCAAGGAAAACCAACUCCAAUAUUUGAAGAAAGUCAAGAUGAUUUACAAUUAGGAAAUCAACCUUUAGUAGAUACCAAAGAUGAAAAUCUUGAACUUUUAAAAUCAAUUGAUAGAGAAAAAUCCCAACGACGGAAAUCUCAAGUUGUUCAAAAAAAUUUACCACUUAUAGACCCAUCAACUAUAAAACGAAAUGAAAAUUCUACGCUGGAAGUAGAUCAAUUAAUAGAUAAGGAAUUUUUAAAUUUAAUUACAACUGAUUUUAAACUGCAAAUGAAUCCAUUUAUUAAUAUAUCUGUAUUUUCAGAUAUUGAUGAAAAUCUUUAUCAAGAAGUUAGGAAUGAAAUUGAAACAAAAUUAAACAAUACAACAACACAUGAUGAGCAUAAACAAAUAUCAAAAUUUGAAUUACCAAAAAAUUUUGAAAUUGCAGAUAUGAUAAUUUCAAAAUUACAUAAUUUACAUAAUUCUUCAAAAAUUUUAACAAAUUCAUUAAAUUCAUCAAGUCAAUCAUAUAAUGAUGAAUUAAAUUUUCAAAUUAAUCAAAUUAAUGAUACAUAUAAGAAAAUACUUGAAUCUGAUAUUGAAUAUAAAUCAUUAGUAUCUAAAUUUGAUGAAGAUGAAAAAAUUAAUUCAAAAGAAAUUGAAAAUUUGAAAGUUGAAGUUGAUAGGGUUAAUAAGGUUGUUGAUACUAUACGACAAAAUUUGAAGGAUUUGUUACCACAAACUCAAAGUAAAUAG